CUCUAGUAGGUCAACAACAGCACGCUGGUUCCGUACAUUAAAGGACAUCGGCCGGUUUCGGAGAGGACGAAGUCUAUAGAUACCUCAUUAAAGAUCCUCUUUAAUCAGCAUUCAAACGAAUACUAUUAAACGAUGCAACUACGGUUUACCUUUUGCAGAAAGAGCGUAUGAUUUGAACAAACAGUACUGUUCCGGUCCGUGACCAGCAGAUGGCGCAGCAGGCGGGCCGGCGGUACCUGCGGGCGUUCGUCGGCGGGUUCUUCGUGGCGGUCCCAGUCACCGUCACGGUUCUGGACCGCGUGGCCUACGUGGCCCGGGUGGAGGGCACCUCCAUGCAGCCCUUCCUGAACCCAGAGGGCGUGUCUGCGUGUGACGUCGUCUUGUUGAACCGCUGGCGCGUGCGGAACUACGAGGUACACCGCGGUGACAUCGUCUCCGUCGUGUCUCCUAAGAACCCCCAGCAGAAGAUCAUCAAAAGGGUGGUCGCCCUGGAGGGAGACUUCAUCAGAACACUGGGAUAUAAAAACCGCUACCUGCGCGUCCCUGAAGGCCACCUGUGGAUCGAGGGCGACCACCAUGGACACAGCCUGGACAGCAACAGCUUCGGACCGGUGUCAGUGGGUCUGCUCCAUGGCCACGCCUCUCACAUCAUCUGGCCGCCCAAUCGGUGGCAGCGGAUCCAGCGGUCCCUUCCUGAGGAUCGGGGCCCCCUGCUUAGCUCCCACGCUGCGGAGGAAGAGGAGGAGUUCUGAGGAGGACAACUGAUGAAGAGGAUCUUGUGGUCGAACUGAACAGCUGGACUUACUGUCGGGGGGGGGGAGGGCCCCAACAUCCUGUCUGUUAUGGGACGUUACCCUGAACCCAUCCACACGCUGUCUAUGGUUACCCGGAGGACCGGACCGAACACAGCAAGAUGCCAGCAGUACACCUGAUUUUACAUGAGGCGGGCCACUUGUAACCACGGCAACCAUUUUCAAUCACUGGCUUUGUUACUUACUUGUUAAUUCCCAUAAUACGGUCUGUUAUUUAUCUAAUGGAUUUAAAUACAAUAUUUUAUUCAA